UUAUCAGUAGUAAAACUGAGCGUUCGAUAAAAGUUGUAUGAGUUGUAACAGAGCAGUGAGGUGUAUAGAUAAAACAUACAGUGCUAUACUAACCAAGACCGAUAACACGGAAUUCGGUUGGCUUGGUUUUUCUUUUCAAAGAUAAAAGCAAUAUUUCUUAACUGAUAAACAAUUACCAGAAAUAUUCUCGAGAUGGGAACUCUUCAUCAGGAAGUCGCAGAAACUUUACCAGACGCCAGAUUUCUACAGGUGUCUCCUUCGAGAGGUGGAACGAUGUCCGCUCCGCACUCCAGAUCGUGUUCGUUUAAGAACCGCCCGCGUCCGAAACUGGAAUUGGAUUUAAUUCGCGACCCCAGACCCAGGACCAACAGCGUCCCGAACUGUCCCGUCUUCCUGUCCCUUCCAGAAGGCAUCCGCCGGGACCCGUCCAGGGAGAGCAUCAACAGCAACGGCCUGUGCCGAGUGAGGUCGUUCAAGACGACGUCGAAGGGCGUCGUCAACCACGGCGACAUCCUCAAGAAGAGCAGCGCCAACAGCCUCAUGUCGACGGGCAGCGCCGUGACGGACGGCGAAAAGAAGGAGAAAAAACGUACCGUCAGCGUGGCGUCGGCGGAGAGCGGCGGCGGCGCAAGCGGCGCAAGCGGCGCGUCGUCCACGGUGCCCAGCUACUUCAGGGUCGUCAUCCUGGGAAGUACGGGCGUCGGCAAGACGGCACUCACCAGGCAGUUCAUGACGUCAGAGAGCGCUGGGCCGUAUGAAGUACAUACCCCGGAUGUAGAAGACGAAUCACAGAUGAUCGUUUCGCUGCUUGUUGAUGGCGAAGAGUCCAUGAUGGAAUUCAUUGAUGGGCCAAAGGUAACAGAAUGUGAAGAUCUCCGCGUGGACGCCUACAUCGUGGUGUACUCGUCGAUAGAUCACGCGUCGUUUACCGCCGCCAUCAAUAUAGUGCGGACUCUGAGGGUGGACAUUGGCACAGACCGGGCUAUCAUUCUGGUUGCGAAUAAGACGGACUUGGUGCGGCAGAGAAGAGUCACGACAACAGAUGCCAAGCUGAUCGCUGUGAAAUACGAUUGUAAGUACACGGAGGUGUCGGUGGUUCUCAACCAACACGUGGACGAGCUAGUGGUCGGGACUCUCACACAGAUCCGUCUCAAACUCAACCCCCAGGUCGGGGCCUCUCAGCAAAACGAAAAGGUGAAACGGAAGAUCAGCUCGCCCAAGAGAGCAAUGUCGUUCAUCUCGAAACUGUUCAAACAGAACAACAAGAAGGCCAAAUCGUGUGACAACCUCUUCGUGUACUGACCCAUCAUUUUAGCAUAGACAAAAUCAUCAGCAAGGUCAUUUUGAAAUUUAAAAAAGCUUUACCUAUAUAUCUAUCCAGAAAACACUUGAACUUUAUUUCCAGCAUAUUAAAUUGGUUACCAGUUGGUGAGGUCACCGUGUUAAAGGUGAUAUUUCUACCAUGGGAAAAUAAAAAUUGAUGUAAUAAUAAUGAUAUAUGAAGAUGAUGAUGUAAUAUGAAGAUGGCGUAAUAAUACGUCUAUAUCGUCAUAGAAAAGAGAACACUACGCCAUCAAGAAAAUGACAUCAUAAUAAGAGGAACGUGGCAUAAAUUACGCAAUGAAAAUAACGUCACAGAACAUUGCUUAAUAAGAAAUUGAUGUAAUAAGACAAAAACGGAGUAUACGCAUGAACAACAUGACAUCAUAAGACUAAGAGGAAGAUGACGUAAAAAAUCCAUAAUGUCAAAAACUCCUGCCUUAAGGACGCCAUUAUAGGAUAUGAAUUUGCUUCUCAGGUUCGGCGAGCUUCCAUACUAACCGAUGUCUGGGUCCUACAACUGUUUCAGACUUCAUUUGAACUCUAUCCUGUACGAUGAUAUGGCUUUGUGUUAUGGAUACACCAUUGGCGUCGAUAUUUUAUAAUGAUGAGUGAAUGUAUGGUUACAGUGACAGAUUUACAGAAGUGUAUUUUGACUUGGCGAAAAUCGGAGCAUGCGCACUCUUUCUUUAUUAGUGUUUCCGGAUCCGUUAUCGGCACGUGGAACACAAACGUAAUGCUGUUUAACAAACAAAAAUGACUUAUUUUAGACUCUGACUAGAAAAACAAUUAAAAAAAACCUAGAUGUGUAUUCAUCUAAAGGAUAAAACCUGUUCUUCAAAGACAUCAUCGAAUGUGUAAAUGUGUAGCCUCUUUGGUUUCAUAUCCAGCAUGUACAAACUUGUUCAGAUGGCGCCGGAUGUCUCAGGAAGGAACUUGUUAAUUUUCCCAAAUAAACUCUUAUCUUACAUUCGUCGUCUUCUUCCACGAAGCAGCCAACUGGUUAAAAAGACCACCGUCUUACGUCACUGCUUCACCAGUGUUUUACUGUUACAUCAUACCUGCUUAAUAGACCACUCCUGUUUACCAAAUACCUGUCUUAAUAGGCCACCUCAAGAAGGUGAAAAUUUAUAUAUGCAAUUUGACAAUUAGCAUGACACUAAAUACCAUUUAUAUUGUA